AGUGCGGGAGUGCGGGGUAUCUCAUCGAUCGACACGACUAAGCACAAUACUCGAUCAGCGACUUUUUCCUUUCUCACCACACAUCCUCAUCUCGACUCCCUCCAUCAUCUGCUAGCUCGCACCGCUCGCCAUGCCGCCCUCCGUCCUCGAUACGCACUGCCAAGGUGGCGGCCUACUCAAGACCACGCCCAACUGGGGCGCCCUGCGUCGUACUUUCUGGCAAUUCUGCGGAGAGAAAGGACCAGGAAAGACGUACGCUCUCCCGCCGAAGCAGGACCUGAGGGGGAAGAACGUCAUUGUUUCUGGGGCCAACUCGGGCAUUGGAAAGGAAGCGGCCUACAUUUUUGCCCUCUGGGGCGCCCACGUAAUCCUCGCCUGCCGUGACGCCCCCAGCUACGAGCAACACCCAACGGCUACGAUCUCUGAGCUCCUCUCACGCUCCUCUGGCUCCAUCUCCCCCUCUCAGCUCGAGUGGUGGGAAGUCGAUUUCGCGUCCAUCGACUCCAUCAAGGCCUUUGGGCGACGUUGGAGGGAGAGCGGGAUGGUGUGCGAUAUUCUGGCGAAUAAUGCCGGGUUGAGCGUGGGGAAGAGGACUAUUACGAGGGAUGGGUUUGAGUUGACCAACCAGGUUAACUUUUUGGGACAUUGUCUCAUGACGCUGUAUGUGCUGCCCAGCAUGAAGAAGGCUCAGGCGCCGCGCAUCGUAAAUACGACGUCCGUCUUCCACUUCGGCGGGUUCCUCGACUUUGCCAACUUCAACAAUGAGAAGCGCACCAGCGGGGGUUUGCACGGGGUGCGAUUCUAUUGCGACACGAAGCUGCGCCUCCAAAUCUGGACCGUCGAGCUGCAACGUCGUCUCUCUCGCUCCGACUCGUAUCGCCAUGUCAUCGUACACGGAUGCCACCCUGGCUUCAUAAAGAGCAACAUCUGGAACAACCCCUCGAUCAAGAAGCUUCCCUGGCCCCUCCCGCAACUGCUCAACUUCGUCAUCAACCUCCUCAGCGUCAACACCUUCCAGGGCUCCCUCGCCAUCCUGCACUCGGCUCUCAGGCCGGACUUGGGCUUGCCGAGGGCAGUGGUGGAGACGGCAAAGACGGGACAACCCCCCGUGCUCGCCAUGGGGGAGAGCAUCAAGUACGGAGGGCGAUUCGUGAAUAGGGUUACGGCCAGCUGGAUGAGGCCGGAGUGUGCUGAUCCCCUCGUGAGGGCGAGGUUGUGGCAACGAGUGCUGGAGGACCUCAAGGCGGACAAGAGCCGGGGGCAAGACGAGAUCGCGCAGGACCUGCCCUCGCAUUCGCCCGGAUUGCUCGAGGUGGAGAAGUCGUAGUCGUAGUCGUCGCGCCAAUCUUAAUCGUGGAGUGGUAGUAGCAGCAUUUUGCCGUGCACAAUCUUCGCAUGUGCCUUCUUCUAUUGCGCCGGACACCCCAUUCUCGGUCCCUCUGUCUCAUCUUCCCAGAAGCCGGCCCCAUCCUCCUGACCC